AAAUCAAGAUUAUACAGUAAAUGACAUCGUGCGGAAUAUGUAAACAAAAUGGAAGAUCUGCGCAUCCAAAGUGAAAGCGAAUGUAGCGGUUAACAGAAAAUAAAACUUAGUAUAUACGUAAUGAAUCCUGGUCAAAAGAUAUUUAAACCAACCGCACCAUAUAAAGGUAGCUUUCCUCUUGAUCACGAGGGUGAGUGUAAAGAGUUUAUGGUAAGAUAUAUGAAAUGUUUAAAGAAAAACAAGCAAAGUAAUUUUGUUUGCCAAAAGGAAUCCAAGGAUUACUUGCAGUGUCGUAUGGAGAAAGGGCUUAUGGCUGAGGAAGACUUUAAGAAACUUGGUUUUAAAACAGAUGAGAAAAACCCUUAAUUUUAGCAAGAAUUCUUUUAAUGCAUGCAUAGCUAUAUAUUUUUUCUACCAAAUGACAUUGUCGGAGGUUUUAAGUUGUGCGUAUCCUGCACGUGUUGGUUACUUUACUAUGUAUUUUGUUUUCUUGUAUAUGUUUCUGGUAUGAUUUAAAUUAUAUAAUAUUACUAGCUACCAA